AUGGAAGAUGAGGACAUCACGGGAGAUUGUGGAGGAGAAAAGACAAUGAGCUCCACUAUGGAUGGAGGACUUCACAGUGUGGAGAGACCAUGGAAUCCUUCCGACUCUGAGCAACCUCAAACUGUGGUGGGUGGGGCCGGGAUUCAGGGGGAGGAGACAUUUCCCUGUCCUGAAUGUGGGGAAAGUUUUGGCUCUGAAGUAAAUCUGAAUCUACAUCGGAGAUCUCACACGGGGGAGCAGCUUAAUUCCUGUUCUGAGUGCGGGAAAUGUUUUCUUCAUAAAUCAGACCUGGUCCUGCAUUACAGAUAUUACACGGAGGAGAACGUGUAUUCCUGUCCUGAGGUUGGAAGAUGUUUUUCGCUGAAGUCCAAUCUCGCAUUACAUCAGAGUUUACACACAAGUGAGAAGCCGUAUUCCUGUUCUGAGUGCGGGAAAUGUUUUUUACGGAAAUCGGACCUUUUUGUACAUCAAAGAGCUCACACGGGGGAAAAGCCUUACUCGUGUCCUGAUUGCGGGAAAUGUUUUUCACAGAAAUCCAGUUUUACCAAACAUCGGCUAUUGCACACAAGCCAGAAGUCGUAUGCCUGUCCUGAGUGUGGGAAAUGUUUUUCACAGAAGGCCCAUCUUUCCAGACAUCAGAGAUUGCACACGGGCGAGAAGCCCUAUGGCUGCCCUGAGUGCGGGAAAUGUUAUCCACAGAAAUCGGACCUUCUUGUACAUCAGAGGUCUCACACGGGGGAAAAGCCUUACUCCUGCCCUGAGUGCGGGAAAUGUUUUUCACAGAAAUCCAGUUUUUCCAAACAUCAGAGACUGCACACGGGUGAGAAGUUGUACUCAUGCCCUCUGUGCGGGAAAUGUUUUUCACAGAAGGCCCAUCUCUCCAGACAUCAGACGUCGCAUACAGGUGAGAAGCCUUAUGCCUGUCCCGAGUGCGGGAAAUCUUUUUCACAGAAGGUUUGUCUUUCCAGACAUCAAAGAUUGCACACGGGCGAGAAGCCGUAUUCCUGCCCCGAGUGCGGAAAAUGUUUUGCGCAGAAGUCCUGUCUUUCCAGACAUCAGAGGUUGCACACGGGCAGAAAGCUGUAUCCCUGACCUGAGUGCGGGAGAUGUUAUACACAGAAAUCAGGCCUUGUUGCACAUAAAAGAUCUCACUCCAUGGAAGAAGUUGUGUUACUGCACUGAGUGCGGGAAAUGUUUUUUUCAAGGAAACCCUGUUCUAGCACAUAAGAGAUCUCACACAAAUAAGAAGCCAUGUUCCUGCUUUGGGCACCAGAUAUAUUUCCCAUAGAAGUCUAACCAAAGAACCCUUGAGGUGAAGGCAACGUCUUCGGUAGGAUUGGUAUUUUGCUGUACAUCAGAGAAGAAGCACCCUACUAGGAGCGUCUCUGGUUCCUAUGCUGCCCCCUUUCUGUAUCCUGGCAGCCUGCUGCUCAUCCCCCUGUCCAAUCCCCAGACUUUGUGUCAGUUGCUAGGCGACAGACCCGGGCCUGGCCGCGACGGACCCGACACAGGCAGCAACAGACCCGACAUGGGCGGCAACAGACCCGACACGGGCGGCAACAGACCCGACACGGGCGGCAACAGACCCGACACAGGCGGCAACAGACCCGACACAGGCGGCAACAGACCCGACACAGGCGGCAACAGACCCGGAACUGGCGGCAACAGACCCGGGACAGGCGGCAACAGACCCGGGACAGGCGGCAACAGACCCGGGACAGGCGGCAACAGACCCGAGACAGGCGGCAACAGACCCGAGACAGGCGGCAACAGACCCGAGACAGGCGGCAACAGACCCGAGACAGGCGGCAACAGACCCGAGACAGGCGGAAACAGACCCGAGACAGGCGGAAACAGACCCGACACAGGCGGAAACAGACCCGGGACUGGCGGCAACAGACCAUACCAACAUCUAGCUAAUGCCUACACUGGAUCCACGCUGUCAUAUCUAUUGCCUAUGCUGGGGACACUCUAAAGAUAUACCUCUGCUACUAUCGUACUACAACACUCAUCAACUGCUCUAGAAUUACCUGCUUCAUAUAUUGCUUCUACUUAGUACUAUAUUUAAAUCUGGCUUGCUGAAUACUAACCUACUGCUUGGGGGUAAAUUACUGUGUCUUCAGUUGUUCGCUGUGGAAUAUCUUAAAGGGACAUACACCCUCAACUCAGCUGAGCUAUACUUGCCUCUCUUAGGCAAAUAUUAUGUAGC